CGGGCCGCGUGGGGGCCGGCUGCGCCCGGCUCAGUCCACGCUCCGCCGAGCCGCUCGCGCCGUCCCGCCGGCCCGCGCCCCGCGCCCCCCGCAGCCAUGUCCAACGAGAUCGUGGGGUGCCGGCUGAUGUGGGAGCCCGACAGCAAGAGGAACACGCAGAUGGACCGCUUCCGGGCGGCCGUGGGCGCCUCCUGCGGCCUGGCGCUGGGCAGUUACCACGACCUGUACCAGUGGUCCGUGGAGUGCUACGCGGACUUCUGGGCCGAGUUCUGGAAGUUCAGCGGCAUCGUGUCCUCGCGGAUGUACGAGGAGGUGGUGGACCCCUCCAAGGGGGUGGCGGACGUCCCCGAGUGGUUCGCCGGCAGCCGGCUCAACUACGCCGAGAACCUGCUGCGGCACCGGCUCAGCGACAAGGUGGCCCUCUACGUGGCCCGGGAGGGCCGCGAGGAGGUGGCGAAGGUGACCUUCGAGGAGCUGCGGCAGCAGGUGGCGCUGCUGGCGGCCGCCAUGCGGAGGAUGGGCGUGCGGAGCGGGGACCGCGUGGUGGGCUACCUCCCCAACGGGGAGCACGCCGUGGAGGCCAUGCUGGCCGCUGCGAGCAUCGGCGCCAUCUGGAGCUCCACAUCCCCGGACUUCGGGGUGAACGGUGUCCUGGACCGGUUCUCCCAGAUCCAGCCCAAGCUCCUCUUCUCCGUGGAGGCCGUGGUGUACAACGGCCGGACGCACGGCCACCUGGACAAGCUGCAGCGGGUGGUGAAGGGGCUGCCGGACCUGCAGAAGGUGGUGGUGAUCCCUUACGUGGCGCCCCGGGAGGCGGUGGACAUCUCCCAGGUCCCCCACAGCGAGUUCCUGGAGGACUUCCUGGCGGCCGGGCGGGGGGACCAGGCGCCGCAGCUGGAGUUCGAGCAGCUGCCCUUCAGCCACCCGCUGUUCAUCAUGUUCUCCUCCGGCACCACCGGCGCGCCCAAGUGCAUGGUGCACUCGGCCGGGGGCACCCUCAUCCAGCACCUGAAGGAGCACAUGCUCCACGGCGACAUGGGCAGCAGCGACAUCCUCCUCUACUACACCACGGUGGGCUGGAUGAUGUGGAACUGGAUGGUGUCCGCCUUGGCCACGGGCGCCGCGCUGGUCCUGUACGACGGCUCCCCGCUGGUGCCCACGCCCACCGUGCUCUGGGACCUGGUGGACAGGCUGGGCAUCACCAUCCUGGGAACCGGGGCCAAGUGGUUGUCGGUGCUGGAGGAGAGAGGCCUGAAGCCAGCGGACACGCACAGCCUGCAGACGCUGCACACGAUCCUGUCCACGGGCUCCCCGCUCAAAGCGCAGAGCUACGAGUACGUGUACACGAGCGUCAAGAGCAACGUGCUGCUGGGCUCCAUCUCAGGCGGCACCGACAUCAUCUCCUGCUUCAUGGGCCAGAACGUCUCCCUCCCCGUCUACCGGGGCGAGAUCCAGGCCCGCAACCUGGGCAUGGCCGUGCAGGCCUGGGACGAGGCAGGCAGGGCCGUCUGGGGCGAGAGCGGGGAGCUGGUGUGCACCAGGCCCUUCCCCUGCCAGCCCACGCACUUCUGGAAUGACGAGACGGGCAGCAAGUACCGGAAGGCCUACUUCUCCAAGUUCCCAGGUGUCUGGGCGCACGGCGACUACUGCAAGAUCAACCCCAGGACCGGGGGCAUCGUCAUGCUGGGCCGGAGCGACGGCACGCUCAACCCCAACGGCGUGCGCUUCGGCAGCUCCGAGAUCUACAACAUCGUGGAAGCCUUCGAGGAGGUGAGCGACAGCCUGUGCGUCCCGCAGCACAACCGCGACGGCGAGGAGCGCGUGGUGCUGUUCCUGCGGAUGGCGGCCGGCCACGCCUUCCGGCCCGCGCUGGUGCAGCGCAUCCGCGACGCCAUCCGCAGCGGCCUGUCCGCCCGGCACGUGCCCAGCCUCAUCCUGGAGACCAAGGGCAUCCCGUACACGCUCAACGGCAAGAAGGUGGAGGUGGCGGUGAAGCAGGUGAUUGCGGGCCAGGCCGUGGACCCCCGCGGCGCCUUCUCCAACCCCGAGGCCCUGGAGCUGUACCGCCACGUGCCCGAGCUGCAGGGCUUCUGAGCCUCCGCCGCCGUGCGCCCCGGCCCGGCCCGGCCCCGGCCCCGCCCCCCGGCCCCGGCCCCG